UACCCACUCCAGUCAGCAGAUGGCGGUGUGCGAUUUUAAGGCAAUGCUGUUAGUGUGACGUAUAAUCUAGUGGACGGAACGCAAUGCUGUUAGUGUGACGUAUAAUCUAGUGGACGGAACGCUUCUUUCAGCAGCAGCAACAGUUAGUCCGCCACCUCGGUAGCUUGCUAGACAAAAUAGCCGAACCAAUAAAGCUCUUUAGACGCUUUAGUGUAUAUUAGCCACUGUGUUUUAAACCCUCGUCUGUCGUCUAGUUAGUUAUCCUAUUUCAUUUCAUAUUUACGGUGUUGUUGUUAUUAUUCAGCUGGCGGGCUGGUUAAGUUAGCAUUAGCCUAGCUAGCUAACAUCUCCGACCAUGAGUUCACUAAAUUACUCUCUUCCUGGUGAAGAAGAGACGGUUUGCUGGACGGAGAAAGAAGCUCUCAUCAAAGAAGAGGAGGAAGAGAAGGAUGUUACAAUACAAAAACAAGUAGAGGGUGAGGUUGUUACCCUGAAAGAAGAAGAGAAAGACGUUUCAGUGAAAGAAGAGGAAGACGUUACAGUGAAAGAAGAGGCGUUCAGAGUGAAAGAGGAGGAGGGUGUUACAGUAAAAGAUGAGGAGGAUUCAGUUUUUGAAGUGAAAGCGGAGGAUGGGGAGUUUACGGUCUCAUCGGAAGAAGAGGAGGAAGAAACUGGAUAUCUGGGCCCGAUUUCCCAAACGCAAUUUAAGGCAUCCAGUGGUUCUAAAGAUGAACUUAGCCAUAAGAUGGUUUUGAGAAACCGGGCCGUGAUUACCACUGGAGAGAGACGGGACUAUCGUGGAUCCUCUGGGGAGUCUCAACUACAUCAUGACGCUGCCGAGGCAGAGAAGAGUCUCUCCACGUCAGAACUCCUCAAGAAACACCAGCAGAGAUCGACAGGAAAGAAACCUCACCGCUGCUCUGACUGUGGGAAGAGAUUCACCUCCUCAUCAGGCAUUAAAAUUCAUCAGAGAUUCCACACAGGAGAGAAACCUUAUUGCUGUGGUCAAUGUGGGAAGAGAUUUACCUCCUCAUCAUGCAUUAAAAUUCAUCAGAGAAUUCACACAAGAGAGAAACCAUAUGGCUGUGCUCAAUGUGGGAAGAGUUUUGUUAAUUCUAGCGAUCUGACUGCACACCAAAGAACACACACAGGAGAGAAACCAUAUGGCUGUGCUCAAUGUGGGAAGAGUUAUUUUACAUCUAGCAAUCUGACUGCACACCAUAGAAUACACACAGGAGAGAAACCAUAUAGCUGUGAUCAAUGUAGGAAGAGUUUUUCUACAUUUGGCUCUCUAACAAUACACCAGAGAACACACACAGGAGAGAAACCUUAUAGCUGUGAUCAAUGUGGGAAGAGUUAUUGUCAAUCUGGCCAACUGACAGUGCACCAGAGAACACACACGGGAGAGAAACCAUAUAGCUGUGAUCAAUGUGGGAGGAGUUUUAGUACUUCUAACUAUCUGACAGUGCACCAGAGAACACACACAGGAGAGAAUCCGUUAUGUGAUCAAUGUGGGAAGAGUUUUACUACUUCUAGUUAUCUAACUAUACACCUUAGAACACACACAGGAGAGAAAUCUUAUAGCUGUGAUCGAUGUGGGAAGAGUUUUACUCAGCAAAACAGCCUGAAUAUACACAAGUGGACACACACGGGGGAAGGGAUACUUCCCUUCCCCUGUAUCUCAGAUCUCUGAUUAAACAUAAAAUACAUCAAGGAGUUGUUUCAUGAUAUCAAUGAAAUAAUGUCACAAUGUAGAAUGUUUAAACAUUGUAGGAGGAGUGUGUAAUGAUGUCAUAAUGUAGAAUGUUUUAACAUUGUAGUAGGAGUAUUUUAAUGAUGUCACAAUGUAGAACCCUAAACGUUUGCCCCCUGUUCUAUUGAUUUCAACAUGAUAUGGAUAUUGGCCUCAGGGGGAAAAUCCAGGCUCUGAAUUGGAAGAUGACUAUUUAUGAGAUUUAUCAGAAAGUGACUAACAAAAAACUAGUUGUCCUCUAACCAGUGAUGUACACAUUAUUCCCAGAUUCCGUGUGGUUUUUGAGCUGUUAGUUUUAACAGGACGUGCAACCUCAUCUCCCUUCUGUCACACAAUUGAUUUCAACAUGAUAUCGUUGAGUGAUGACAAAUAAGUGUUGUGUUCCUUUGUUUAGUGACCCCUACAUUUAAAUGCAUCACUGCAAAAUGUAGCUGACUGUCUUCUGCAGGUUGUCCUCUAACCAGUGAGGUAAAAUCUCCCAUUUCCACGUGUUUUUUUAGUUGUUACUUUCAACAGCACGUACAACCUGAUUUCCCCCCUAAUCGAUAUCAGUGAUUUAUUGCUACUUGUCAAAACAACAGCGUUUCUGGUGCUUGUGCAGUUUAUAAGGAGCUUGUUUAAAAAAAAAGAAAAGAAAUAUGAUUAUUGUGGCAGAUGUUUGUGUAAAUAGCACGUUAUGUUUAGGUUUUCAAUUUAUCCCAAACUGUUUCUGCAUAUUGGUUAUUGAUUUGGACACGUUAAAACUGUGUUUUGACAUUGAGGCUAUCCCACCUAGCACAAUGUAAUUGAAAAGUUGUUGAAAAUAAGACAAUGCAAUCAAAAAAAUAUAUAUAUUUUUUUAUUAUA